AUGGGUGAACGACCCUCGACGCAGUACCCGUCUUCCAAGGACAAGUGUCGAAUAGCGGAGCUUUUGCAGUACACUUGCGACCACACUGUGUCCGAAGGCAAGCCUCUGGUCCAUUGCUUUCCGAUACCCAGGAUAUUUCGACUGUGCCAGGGCAAACCAGCGGUGGAGAUAACAAAAUUCGUUCAAGUGGACUUAAACACAGGUGAGGUGGAAUUACCACCCAAACCGGGUGAGUUAAUUCCAGAGGCGCGCCCUUGGAGAGAGAUACGAAGAUACGAAGGCUCUAGUGCAUAG